AUGUCACUUAAAUUUAGUGUUGGUGGGUUUUUGAUCGUUAACGCUACUGAAAUGACCCUGAGAAGAAUCCAUCUGCUGAGUCACACAAUCAAAUACUUUCAUUCUAAAAGUUAUACACCAUGCCGAAAAUUUCUUUGCUCUUACACGAAUUCACCAGACAGCAAAGAAGCAAUUUCUGAUGCAGAAAAGUUAAUUGAAUUUUUCAAAAAGGCUGAGAAAUCUGUAAUUGAAAAUAAAUCUCUCCCAAGCAACAAUGAAGUUCUUGUUACCAAACAAGAUGAAAGUGUGGAGACUGAUAUCACUGAAACGUCACACCUCAAUUCCACUGGUCAAUCAAAUUCUGAUACAAGGGAGGAACAAGGAAAAAAGACACCUAGUGCACUUUCAUUCGUUCCAUGGACAAUGAGUACACUAUUGAAAGAAAUGAAUAUUUCAAAAUUAAUUUCUGAACGUUCUAAAAGUUCAGAAAAGUCUUUUGAUACCCUGUUACGUUAUAGCCCCUUUAUUCAGCUCGGAGAUUUUAAGUCUCGUGAGUUAGUCGGUGUUGUAAUAGACAAUGUAAACGAUACAGAUCUUUAUAUAGAUUUCGGUGGAAAGUUUCACUGUGUCUGUCCUCAACCAGUUAAUCAGUUUUAUCCUCGUGGGAGUUUAGUACGGAUUCGGUUAAAAAAUCCAGAGCUCACGGAUAAAUUCAUGAUCAAUACGAAAGGGAUUUCAAUUUUUGAGGCAGAAGCUACACUUUUAGGACCAUACAAGGGUCGACUAGUUAAGAGUGUGGCUGAUGAAGAAAGAACAACAUCAGCAGAUGGUACAAAAAGACAGCGUUCUACUACAGAUGAAGAUUGUGUUGCAUUAGAACACUGGCGUUUAAAAUAAUAACAUUUCAUAUGAUAGUCUCCUCUUCCGUUUUUGUAUAUAAAAUAAACAUUAUAUAUGCCGAUUUGAUUAUGAAUAGUAGUCUUACUUUUGUGUAAAUAAACCUUAAUUGGUUAACCUUCUUAUGAAUAGAUUUUCAGUGCAAUACCUUCCUUUGUAUAUUUAUUCAUUCUUCGCAUCGUGUACUCGUUAACACUCUCUUUAAUUAAAAUGUGACAAUCACAUUGUGAUCCUCUUAUGAGGUGUUAAUUUGCAACUACUGUGCCCUCAACUUAAGAUAAGUACCUCAAUGCUUAAAUCGUGGCAAACGGAGGUAGAUUUCAUUGCGUUAUUUACUGUUAGUAUGCGUAGUGGACCUUAGAAGAUAAG